GAUUAUAAUUAAUUAUGGUUCAAAUUAUACAUUUCCAUUUUGUUAAUGAAAGAGAAAAUAUUAAAGGAAAUUGAUUUUUAACAUAAAAAAAAUUAUUACUUUUUAAUCAUAACCCACCUAACAGAUAAACUCCAGGUGUAACCUGAAUUAAUCCGACCCCGAAUUAAUAACCCGAUUAUUUACCAUCAUAUUUUAAGAGACGACUUUACGGUUGGAUUCAAUUUUCGGUCACUCACUCUCGCUUGGUUUUCGGGUUAGAUUCUUUAGGAAUUGGUUAUCAUUCACUCUCAAAUUGGAACAUCACACUCUCUCUCGGCUUUAGGACUUGAUUCUCUGGGAAUUGGUUUCAAAGUUGAUUGUCAUUCACUCUCUAAUUGCUGGUUGUAAAUGUGAUCAGAUAUGGCGCCAUCUUUCACUCAGCUUGAGAAUUUGCGUAAUCAAUUUCUGGUUAAUUAUAUUUUUCAUUCCGAAUUAGUGUAUCAAAUAUUGAAGGUGCAAAGCAAUAUAAGGAAAAGGGAGGCAGAACUAAGGGAAUCAAAUGGCCCCUCUUUUCAAGCUGAAGAACAACUCCGAAAGGUGUUUAAUAGACUUAGAGAACUGGAGCAUCAUUAUUCCCCCAACAAGGGGAAGGUCAGAAUGUCUGCUGUAGAAUGUUUAAGGAAGAUGCGGCAAUUUUGUCAGGAAAAAGAAAAUAUAAGAAGAAUCAUGAUAAAAGAAUCCAUGAGGCUAUGGGCUUUUCAUACAAUGAAAAGCUAGACUGGAUCCAGUAGGAAGAUGUCUUGGGAUCUAGGUCGGUUAAGGAAACAUUCUCCACAGUUUGAAUGCAUGCAUGUGCUGGCUGGGCACCUACAUGUGCUAAAAAGGCGACCACGUCGUGACCAAACAGAUGGGAAUAGAGGGCCCGUACCAGGUUGGAUCCUGGUGCAGUUAGUAGUGAUGAUCCAGGACUUCCUGAUUUAAUUGAUAAAGUGGAUCUGGACGAGCCACAUAUCAUUUGCAAUCACGUGUCCAAUAAAGAAACAUGAGAUGAAGACGCAAAUGAUGUUGAUGAUUAUGAUGAUUAUUAUGGUGGUGGUGGUUAUGGUGGUAGUCAUCAUAACUAUGACUUUGGCAACAAUUAUGGAGAUGACAGCUAAUAUGGAGGUGACAGUAGGCGUGGCAACAUUUAUAUAGGUGCCAAUACCAACAAUGGGAGUGAAGACACUUCUCCUUCUUCUAGGCCCUUCUUCUUCUGGUGCAAUAACCAACAAAGAGGAAGGGAGCAGAAGAAGACAACCCAAAGUUGCUCCCAAAGUUCUUCCAGGCGGUUUGGAUGGUGAGGUAUGGUACUUGCCACUGCUCAGUGAUAAACCCAUUUUUGUACUGCAUAUCAUUACAAGAUUUACUAAUGACUGGAGGGAAAGGUACAUCAGUGGCAAGUUCAGUUGCAACUGGGAGGCUCAUAAGCCAGCAAUCCAAGCAUUUAUAAAGAUGACUUUGGGAGAACUUGUUAGAGGUUCAAGUGACACAACCAUAAUACUAUGGAGAGGAAAGACAUGUACACACACUUCUGUUGGGCAUAGAGGCUUGUAGCUUGGAAAAUAUUAUGGAUGUGGCAGUGGCAACAGUUAUGAAGGUGGCAAUACCAACGAUGAUGUAGGUGGGAGUAGGACACUUCUCCUUUUUCCAGGUCCUUCUUCUAUGCACAAUAGACAAAGAGAGGGAGGGAGCAGGAGAAGACAACCCAAAGUUGCUCCUGUCAUCCUUCCAGGCGGUUUGGAUGGUGAGGUAUGGAACUUACCAGUUUCAGUUUCUAUUGCUGCUCAGAAUGACGUGCAUGGUACUUACCAAUUUCAGUUUGUACUACAUAUCAUUACAAGCUUUACUAAUGUACUUUUGCAAGACUGGAGAGAAGGUGAAGGUACAUCAGUUGCAAGUUCAGUUGCAAGAUUGGGCUGCUCAUAAACCAGCAAUCCGAGCAUUUAUAAAGGUGCUUUCAGUAGAGCUUGUUACAGUUUCAUUAUUUCUUCAACGGUAUGUGAAAUUUUAAACCACCAUGAUGCAGUCCAGAUGCUUGGAAAUUAAUUACUUGAACCUUUUUUUGAGUUUCACACUUUCACCGAUGUAAGUAUAAUUUUUUUCAUAUUGUCGUUUAAAGAAUUGUUUUUAUGUCAUUUUAGUCUAAUUAAACAUUUUAAUCAUAUGAAUUUGAUAAAAUUAACCAUCCAUUGUCUGUUGAAAAGAAAAAAAAAAAAAAAAAAAAACUAUUCGUGAUCCAAAUAACUUUGUUUGAAAACAAUUUUGUUUUCUUUUAUUUUGUGCAUUGAGUACAGCUGAUUUAUUAUGUGCAGAGUGUACAACUAAUUUAGCCAAAUUCAUUAAAAAAAAUGCAUAAUUGAAGUAGAGUAGUCCAAGAGGAAUAUGUUAACACUAAAAAUAGAGACAUGUGGUACUUAUCAAACAUUAAUUAGUUUCCCCCCUUUAAUAAUCGUUCGUAUGGUUACAUAUUGUGUGUAUAAAAGGAAACUAAUUCGACAUUUUGUUUUUGAAAAUAAUAAAAAAAAAAGGAUGUCAAAUUAGUUUUUGAUUUGUUUAUUAAAUAGUUUAACACAAUUAAUAGUUCAAAAAUAUGUUGCAAAAAUUUGUGAUUAUUAGUAAAAGAAUUUUUUAAAUUAACGCUAACAAAAUAAAUCCCACUCUACUAGCUUUCUAAACAGAAAAUAAACAAUACGGAUAUUAAUGCCAAUAACACCACCCAAAAAAAAAAAAAAAAUCAAUAUAGAAUUAUUAUUAUUAUUUAUUAUUAUUUUUUGGUGAACACCAAUGUAUAUAAUUAAUUAUUGAAUAAAAAAUUAUCAAUAUAUAUAAUUAAUUACAGUAUCUUUUCGAUCCAACUCUUAGCACAGGAUGGGCUUAGGUUAUGUACUUAGAAAGACCUCGGAAGGGAAAUUUGGCCCAAUAUUACUCUUUAAAGACGGUUAAGGAUAUUUUUCCAUACUUUCUGGAUUUUUUUUAUUUUAUCUUUUAAUAUCCAUUCUCAUCUUAAAAAAAUUAUAAAUGACUUCCAUAUCUUUAUUUUACUUUUCUGUGUGUCCUGUAUUCCACUAAACAAAAAAGAAAGAUACCUUAGCAAGUUCCUAUUUCUUAGAAAUUGCAGAGAUUCUCAAUGAGUUUCUUUUCGAGCCUAUCCACAGCAAACAAACCAGUCAAACAUAAAUGAUAAGUAAACCAAAAAUUCGAAGGCAAUAAUUUUCAAGUGCUUAUUAUCAAAUAAUAAUCAUUGGUUAGAGAAAGAAGGAGACUUGGGUUUGCAUAUUAAAGGUCUUGGAAGUGAGAUGAAAGUGGACACCAUUGAAGAAUCUCAGAGAUAAACAACGAGAAAAUGCCGAAGCAAAGCCAAUAGCAAGUUUGACAACUUUUGUAGAAGGAAGAGCAAAAGAAGAGUGUGUAUAGAGUAGGGUUGCGUGGGAUAAGGAAGCAUGUGCCGGACUUGCCUAUAUUAACCCAGGAGUUUUGGAAACUUCCAAUAUCUCGUCUUCUUCUUGUUCUUCACCAUGCCAGGCUCUGUUUUUACAAAGCUGACAGCUGAAAAUAAUUGGGGCAAAGCUGUUAAACUAAAGGAUUACUGGUAAGAGAAAGAGGAAAAUUGGAUUUGAAGUGUGGGAGGUGGGACAUUAGUUAGAGAGAGAGAAGUUGUAUGUGGUUUAUUAAGGAGUCUCCACAUUUGCACAAAUUUCUAUCAUCAAGUUUUGAUAGUCAAUCAUAGAAUUUUCCUCCAUUCGAAUCACCAUAUGGCCUACCACCAUUCAAUUCAUUAGUCCAUCCACCAGACAAUACCAUUUGUAGAGAGUUUACAGCCUUUGCCCAAGCACACUUAUCUUGAUCCAAGAAAGGUUUCAAUCCAGAACCAAUUAAUUUUAUAUUGACAUCUCAAUUGAGCCUGGGCAAGUGGGCUUGAGCAGAGUGUCACGUCCCGCGAAAAAGGAGUAAAACCCUUGAGGUUUAACCGGAAGGUUCUACACUCUCCUUGAAGAUCCAUGAGAAGCCCGGAAUAUUCUAGAGGAUUCAAGAGAAACCUAGACUAAUGUAGAUGAGAAUCUCUCUAGAAUACUCCAUGUAAAUAUCUUGUACAUAAUCCUAGAAUAAUCUAGAACCCUAACUAGAUAGGUGACACAUGUACAUAUCUAGAAUCUUCCUACAUGCCAAGCCCUCUAUAUAAAGGGUUGGACUCUCUCAUUUGUAAUAUAUCCAAGCAUAUCCAAGACAUCAAGAAUUCUAGCAAUACAAGUAUUCUCCACAUUCUCUCAAACUCUCCUACUUCCUACUCUCUUACUCUUAGCUUCCGCAUUUUCAUAGCUUGUGAGCAAGGCUUACUUAGCAAGGGAGGUGCUAAGUGCCGCACGGGAGUGUUGGAAAAGUUAGGCCCGUGACAGUUGGUAUCAGAGCCUAUUGCUACUCAAGCAUAUCGUUGGUGUAACGUGGAAGUAGGCAAGAUGGCUAGCUCGGAUGUUACCAUCAAUGUGGAAGGAGCUACCGAGGUGCGAGGUCGUGAAGAGCAACGCAACCCCAAUGCGGGGAAGCAGAGGCAUAAGUCCAAGUCCAAGGAUGUGAUGAUGGACAUAGAGUUGCGCUUGGAGGAGCAUGCAUCCCGAGUACAAGAACGGUUUGAGGCGCUGGAGAGUCCCCUAGAUGGGCUAGAGUCGGAGGACAUUGCCAUCAAUCAAGCCGUGAGGGGGUUACUCAACGGACUAGACGAUGCCUUAAGGAGGGAGCUCCGUGCGACACGCGACCAAUGCAUGGGGGAGGUAGCAGACCUUCGUUCCAUGUUGGGGAGAGAAUUGGAUGCCAUCCGCACCCAAAUGGAGGAUAUGCGGGGUGAUUGGGCUCUUUGCAAGAGGGCGGUGGCGUCGGGGACGACCACUAUCCGCGAGGGGCCACGAAUCGAUGUGCCAAAGCCCAAGUCCUACUCCGGGGCAAGGAAUGCGAGGGAGCUCGAGAAUUUCCUUUGGGGCUUGGAGCAAUACUUUGAAGCAAUGGGCAUUGCGGACGAUGCUUCAAAGAUUAGGACUGCCACUCUCUACCUUAGCGACACGGCAAUGUUAUGGUGGAGAAGGAGGCAUAGCGACAUCGAGCGAGGUACGUGCACUUUCCGUACUUUUGAUGAUUUUAAAAAGGAUCUCAAAAGGCAAUUCUAUCCGGAGAAUGCCGAAGAUGAGGCAAGGAGUCGCCUUCGACGACUCAAGCAAAUAGGCCAUAUCCGGGAAUACAUCAAAGAGUUCACCAACUUGGUGUUGGAGAUCCCGGACCUAUCGGAUAAAGACUCCCUUUUCUACUUCAUGGAUGGACUACAACCUUGGGCCAAGACGGAGUUGAAGAGGCGUGGAGUACAAGAUUUGGCUAGUGCCAUUGCGUAUGCCGAAGGCUUCAUCGACUACUCCAACCAAAGAGACUCUCCAAAGCCAAAGGAAUGGAAAGACAACCAUGGAAAAGGUGGGGGAGAACCUAGUAGGUCCAAAGAAGAUGAAAGGGAAGAAAGUGCACAUAAGCCAAAAGGCUCGAAAUGGAAGCCGCCUAGGGAAGGUAAGGACGCUUCCAAACCUAAAAACUCUUGUUUCUUAUGUGAUGGACCGCAUUGGGUUAGGGAUUGUCCGAAGAGGAAGGCUUUGAAUGCCAUGACUACCCAAUACGAGGAGAAGCAAGAGGAAGGAGCUAGUAUAGGUUCCUUACAAUUGUUGAACGCUAUCAAGGCUGCUCCUAAGGAGACCAAGAAGAGUGGCCUAAUAUUCGUGGAGGCAAAACUCAAUGGAGUGCCCACUAAGGCGUUGGUGGACACGGGUACCUCACAUAACUUCCUAUCGGUGGAGGAGGCACAAAGGCUUGGGAUUAAGGCAACUCAAGAAAGGGGCUUCGUCAAGGCUGUAAAUUCUGACGCGAAGCCGCUCCAAGGAGUUGCUCGAGGUGUGAAAACCACCAUCGGCGAUUGGGAGGGCCAAUUGAAUCUAACGGUUGUGUCCAUGGAUGACUACAAGGUUGUCCUUGGUAUGGACUUCUUCAACCAAGUAAAAGCUUUCCCACUCCCAUUUGCAAACAAGUUAUGCAUCAUGGAUGGGGGUACGACCUGCAUGGUGCCUACGGAACAAGCUAGCAAGCGGGAGGCCAAGGUUUUGUCGGCAUUGCAAGUUGAGAGGGAGGAGCAAAUCAACUCGGUUGCUGCCCAAGAGCCUAGUGAGGAUGCCCCAAGCCAUGCCAAGACAUCUCCUAAGGUACAAGAUGUGCCAAAGGAGUUGGACCAAGGGAGCUUGUGUGUAUUGAUCUCAAGUUGUGGAGACAACAAGAGGAAGCAUGUGGAGGCUAAGGGAGGGACCUUAGUCAAACCACUACCCCAACCACACAAGAUGCAUGAGGGGGUGAUAGGACCCUAUGAGAGGUCACUUCUCAUUAUAGGGAAAGGGGGCAAGGGAGCCCCAAAGGAAGGUAGGUCAAGAAGGGCACCCAUGGAGAUAGCGACUUCACCCGACAAGAAUGUGGAAGUCACACCUGCGGAUCGAGUCGGUCAACAUAGAGGCAUGCCCAACUACACCAAAUACUUGGUGAAGGGGAAGGACCUGCCGGAUGGCGAAGUAAGUGGGGAGCACAAAGAUAUACAAUGGCAACUCAAAGAUCACAUUCGGCGGGCAAGGAAGAAGGCGCGACGAGGGCGUCACGAGUUUAGGUGGGGGAGAGUGUCACGUCCCGCGAAAAAGGAGUAAAACCCUUGAGGUUUAACCGGAAGGUUCUACACUCUCCUUGAAGAUCCAUGAGAAGCCCGGAAUAUUCUAGAGGAUUCAAGAGAAACCUAGACUAAUGUAGAUGAGAAUCUCUCUAGAAUACUCCAUGUAAAUAUCUUGUACAUAACCCUAGAAUAAUCUAGAACCCUAACUAGAUAGGUGACACAUGUACAUAGCUAGAAUCUUCCUACAUGUCAAGCCCUCUAUAUAAAGGGUUGGACUCUCUCAUUUGUAAUAUAUCCAAGCAUAUCCAAGACAUCAAGAAUUCUAGCAAUACAAGUAUUCUCCACAUUCUCUCAAACUCUCCUACUUCCUACUCUCUUACUCUUAGCUUCCACAUUUUCAUAGCUUGUGAGCAAGGCUUACUUAGCAAGGGAGGUGCUAAGUGCCGCACGGGAGUGUUGGAAAAGUUAGGCCCGUGACAAG